GUUGGUUGAGUUGGUUAUUGAGGCAAGAGCCCCCAGCCUCGUAGUACCGUGAACUGGCACCGUGCCUUCCGUCCGAAUCGCGGACAUGGCUCAAGUAGCACUUGCACAAUCAGAGCUCAAGAAUCUCGGGCGGUUUUCCAGAUCCGAAGAUCUCUGUUCAGCCCCUUCACUCACUUGCUCGACAACCACCUUUGUUGCGCACACUCUUCCCUGCGAUGCCACCUGGAUAGCAGCUAUUCCAGGAUAGUGUCGCCAGAAGCAUUCCACCGAUCACCAUAAUAAUCCCACCGCACAAUUAUUGGGCUUUCCGAUUUUUCUAAAGGAUGGAGUUUUAUCGCAACUAGGGUGGAGCGAGAGUCCAAGUCAGACUACCAUGGCGUCGAUCUCGACCACUGUCGACGCGCCGUCUACCGGGGAUUGCGACCAGAGCGGAUACUUCUGGGACAUAUGUACCUGGACAACUCCGUCUUAUAGCGGGUGCUGCAAUGUUGACCCUUGCCAAUCGCCGAUCGGUUGCCCUCAGGCCGAGAAUAUACCAAACCUCACGAUCACCGUAACCUCAACCAGUAGCGAAGAAGUGACAAUCAUCACUGAGACUGAAACUGUACCUAGCAGCAUCUCGACUUUGACGAUCACAAGAUCAUCCCGAAUAAUCCGGACUUCCAAGACAUCCAAGACAUCCAAGACACCCACGAUAUCCACAACAUCCACGACACCCAUACCCUCAUCAGUUUCCUCCUCGUCAACGCCAACCCCAGGUGCAGGCGCACUGACCUCACCCACGAGCUCCGCCACAUCGACCGCCGCUUCUGAGAGCAGCGGCGGCCAUGGGAUGACAGUUUCCGUUAGCAGCCUCGUCGGGAUCGUAAUAGGCUGCAGCUUCUUUGCCAUAUUCGUGUCGCUGAGCGCGUUUUGGUGGUGGAGCCGGCGCCGUCGGAGGAAGAGCGAGAAACAGGAAGAGGCAGAGGCGCAUGCGCAGGCAGAGCGAUUGGCCUCAUCGGGAGAUGGGGAUGAGCCCGUGCCUCCGGGCCUGGAAUCCAUCUUUAGUCCCAUGGCUCAGGCUGGCCCCGGCAGCGUGUUCGACAGAACAGAAGGGCGAAUGGGCAAAGGGGAAAGCAUGCUAGGUUUCAGUCCACUCGCGCAUGGCCAACAGCAUCACUCGGGAACAUCGGCCAGCGGCGCACAUAGCAGCCUCGCCAGUCCUCUCACUGCCGAGACUUCGUGGGCCCCUGGACUGCCAAGCAGCCCUUCAGAGCUUGACUCAACUCAGGUUCAUGAAGCAGGGACGGUUCCAGGACCCUGGAGCGAGACGACUGAACUCGAUUCUCGGCCCGUUCCGCCUGUUGAAGCAGAGGAAGGGCUCCGGGCGACGCUCAACUCGACUCAGGAAGAGCGGGAAGCUGGCAUGUACGCAAACAGUUGGACGAGGUUUCAAGACGUGCAGUUAUGAGAACGACCAAGAGUCAGGGGGUUCAAUAUGCGGUAGGUGAAACUUCUCGGGGUGCUGGGGAAAUCUUGUUCGCCAUUCUGGUCAAAAUGAUACCACUGGGUUGAGAAAGCUGCGGAUGGAGACGAGAAUCUAUCUCUUGGCUUUGUUAACCACAUAGCUUGACAUCAAAGGCCGGGAGUUGGGAGAUGUAGCCAGAUUCAUGUUAAGACAGCCACACGGCUGUUCGGGGUAUUACAGCCAAAGACAACAAACAAAACAAGAAAAGAGAACAAAUCUGAACUUUAUAGCCAGUGUGCGCCAUGCCAUGCAGCCUUUUUCUAUACCACCCUAACCACAGUCCAUAGAUAUGUGGCGAUAUGCGUAUGACUCUUCUCGUCUCCAGGCCC